GCUCCUGAGCCCACCUAAGACUACUCUUUAACAAAAAACAACAAGAGAACUAAAUUCUAUCAAAAUUGAUAAUAAAACUGGAAAGAUGUUUAAAAUUGCAAGCUGAUUUUUAAUCAUGAAUGUUUGACUUUACUGUUCUUUUAAAGCAUUAAUAUUAAGCACUUUUACACUAAUAAAAAAUAGCAAAUAAUUAACCCAACAAACACAUAGGCUCACUAUACUGAUAAUACACCUGUUCAAAUAACUAUGGUUCUGUUAAUUGUAUGUCACCUAUUAACAACACUACUAACCAUUCAAAGGGAUUAAUCAACAUAUGGGGGCUUCAACCUGUGAUGUAAUCACCAAACCCCUGAAACCGCUAAUUUUUUUUUAAUUAUUAUGUGUUUUCAUUAAGAUAUUAUUGAGGCCAAUUUGUGUUGUUUUGCGGAAAUUAUAAUCUUGUGUAAGUGGUAUUUUUUUGCAACUGUUAUCACAGAAAAAAACAAAAUAGAGAGAGACUGAAGUAAUGAAACAAGCGUAAGCUUGUGAUCAACCCUAAAUGAGGUUUACUCUUAUCUGUUGUUUCCUUCUAGAUUCACUAAUAUUUCCCAGAUCUCUCCAGUGAGCAAAAUAUCUACAAUGGUUAUGUAAAUACUGUGAUACUGAUUCACUAAGUUUAGAACGCUGCUUCAUUAUUAAUCAGUUGAGAUAACAUUGGAGAGUUCCUUGAAUUCUUAUUAACGCUAGAGAACUUUAAGAGCUUUGGCAACCAGUGUAAUCUCUCUGUCACUAUCAAUAUUUACUCUGUCAAAAACAAAAAUGUGAUUGAUAAUACACAUCUCAAUUAUCCAAAACGUUAUCAUUAAAUUUAAUAUUAUGGGGACAUUGUACUCAAACAAAACAGCAGUAAACAUCUAUUUACAUUUCUAGUUUAAAGGGACAGUCUACUUGAUUUUUGUUAUUGUUUAAAAAGAUAGACAAUGCCUUUAAUACCUAUUCCCCAGCUUUGCAUAACAAACAUUGUUAUAACCUCUAAGAUUGCCUGUUUCUAAGCCCCUGCAUGCCGCCCCUUAUCACAGUGCUUUAUUUUUUAGCUUUUUACAAUCUUUCACUGCAGCCAGACAGUGCUAGUUCAUGUGUGCCACAUUGAUCAUGGCUUCACAAGAACCUCCCCUUGUUGGCUAAAAUGCAAGAUUGCAAAAAGCUAAAAAAAAGUACUAAGAUAAGGGGCAGUCUGCACAGGCUUAGUUACAGGUUAUCAUAGAGGUAAAAAGUAUAUUAAUAUUACAGUGCUGGUUAUGGAAAAUUGGGGGAUUGGUAAUAAAGGGAUUAUCAAUGUUUUGAAACAACGAUUUUCAAGUAGGCUGUCUCUUUAGCUUAAAAGAAAAUUUAUGUUUGUGCAGAACAGAUACUCCAGAAUUAAAGGGGCAUUUUCUUUUUUGUAUUUAUGCAUCAGAAAUUGAUCAUUCAUGUUUUAAAAGCAUUUCACAUUAAUUUUGGUAACUAAAUGGGCAUUGUUUUGCAGUCCAGGGACACACUCCUUCUUUGCUGUGGAUGAGCUCCUGCGCAUAUCUAGAAAACACUGUGCAGGUUGCAAGGAGUCCUGAAUUGUAUGAAACGUGCUUCAUUAUUUAUAUGGUCAAUGGAAAAAACUACAAUUUCAUAUCUGCAUUAUGUGAAAAUAAGGCAGAAUGAAUGUUGAAAAUGUAUUGCAAAGUUACUUACCCUAUAAAUAAUGUCAUCUUUAAUGAAAUGUUGAGUUAAAUGUCCCUUUACUGCUCGUUUGCUGAAAAGGGCAAUGCCCAUAAAUCUGUUGGUGGAGAGAAGGAAACACUGUAAUACAAUUUAAAAUAGUACAAUGUCAAUUUUUUAAGAGUUGCUUGGUGAAUAUGUUAAAAUAAAUAUUUAUUAAUUUAUUGUAAUGGGCAACAUGUGAUUAUGCCUAAAUAUAAUUGUGCUUAGAUUUCCCCUUCAAUAGCUGUGCCAACAAAAUAUACAUUAUAUGCAUCUUGUUUGGCUGGGGGGAGGGGCUUCUGCUUGGAGUGACAGGAUCAAGCGUAUCCCCCAGGUCACUUCUACCUCUCACCUCUUCUGUCUUCCCUCCUGUGCUGGUGAGAGGAUCCUAUGGAGCGUGCCCCCACCAAGAGCGUGUGCCCCACAGAGACGCAGUGCUAGGUAGUGACUGUGUGCUGUGUGGGGGACGUCUCUCUCCAUAACUCAGCCACUGUCUCUCGGCAGGCGGAGCACGCUGGAAUAAGAACAUAUUUCUUCAGUGCGGAGAGCAAAGAGGAGCAGGAAUCCUGGGUACGAAUGAUGGGGGAAGCAUCACAAGUCCAGAAUCCACCAACUCCAAGGUUGGAAAGACAAGACAGUGAGAAUAUACCACCAAUGAAAGACCGUGACCCAGAAACACGGAGCCGUGGGGAGGGAGAUGGCAGAGGAUCAGACAAGCUGGAGAGGAGAUUGGAGAGCAGAAAGGAACCUCUAACUAAAGUCAAUGGGAUGGGGGCUCCUACUGAUAGACCUUCUGACUUAGAGCCCCCAAGACACCUUCCAGAGGGUGAGCGUCCCCCACAACCCAACGGAUGGGGCUUCAUGCCUUCUCCAGGGAGACCAGCCAGCACUGCCUUCCCAGAAGGAAAUGGGCAGAGGCGUGGGAACCUCCCCCGUUCAUAUCCAGAGAAGGUGGCACAGAGGCAAAGUUCUAUGUCACAGCUUCAGCAGUGGGUCAACCUGCGUAGGGCUGCAGCACCCACAGAGGAGGUACAGAGCCCCAGCAGGUAUUUCCCAGGACCACACCGGAUACCAGAGUAUUACUCUCAGUACCCUUCCCAGUACCCUGAUGGGUACCCGUACUACACCCCAGCAGGGUCACGACCUGACAGCAUUUGCUCUAUGCCUGCUUUUGAUAGGGGGAUUCCCCCAUGGGGAGUUGAGGACAAAAGGCACAUUCUUCGAAAUGGGGCCCAAUACCACAGAGAAUUUAAAGACCCUGGAUAUGGAAGGCCAGCAGAUAUGUGGGGUGUCCGGCCAACACUUUAUUACCAUGAUGUAGAUGCUGCCUGUGGAUCUCUUAGACGGCUCUCCCUGCAGUCCCGCUCACGAUCUGUGCCUCGCUCUCCUAGCCAGGGCACAUACAAUGCUCGCCCUAGGGUCUACUCUCCAGUCCGAUCUCCCAGUGCCAGGUUUGACACUGUGAUACGGGACGAGAGCUUUGGGGAACCAGCGGCAUAUUCAAUGAGGCGAUCAAUCAGUUCCCCAAAAUAUGAUUACCUGGGUGACAGACGACCUGUCCCAGCCGGAAUUUACUCCUACAACUACCCAGCGUCGCCCCCGCUUCAUGACAAAAUGGUAUCGCCCUACGCUGACCCAUAUAGAGAGGCUCUGCAGAGUUACAAGAUCAACGAGCAGGACACAGAUAAGCUCCUGGGAAGAUUGUGUGAGCAACACAAAGUGGUGAGGGAACAGGACCGGUUAGUACAACAGCUGAGAGCUGAGAAGGAGAGUCUUGAAAGUGCUUUAAUGGGAACACAUCAGGAAAUGGAAAUGUUUGGUAACCAGACAGCGUUUCCAGAGAAAUUGCUGCACCGAAAGGAAUCUCUGCAGAACCAGCUGAUCAGUAUCCGUGUGGAACUUUCACAAGCGACCACGGCACUAAAUAAUAGCAGUAUGGAAUAUGAAGCCCUAGAAGGGGAGGUGUCCGCGCUGCAUGAUGCUCUAUGGGAGCAACUCAACCUCAAUAUACAGAAUGAACUGAUGAACAGACACAUCCAGAGAGAGAUUUGGAGAAUUCAGGAUGUAAUGGAAGGGUUAAGGAAAAAUAAUCCAUCUCGCGGCACUGAUACAGCCAAGCACCGAGUGGUCGCAGGUCCUUCCGCUACCUUUAGUUCCAACAGCCCAGCCAGCCCGCUGAGUUCUGCCAGUCUAACCAGCCCCCUCAGCCCAUUUUCCCUGAUCUCUGGGUCUCAAGGUUCUCCCACUAAACAGACUACCAGUGAGGAUUCGGGCCCCCCUCGGCCCCCUCUCCCACUUUCGUAUACCCCUCUGGACUCUCCUCCGACUGUCCCUCCACCCCCUGGGGAGGGUCGCUUCCAGCCUUGGCCUUACCCUGUCUCUCAUUACUGGCCACACGGCGAGUUAAAGCUGAGCUUGGAACCAUUUAAGAGAGAGUCACCACAGCUGUCUUCCUCUCUGCCUCCUGAAGGGGUCGCUGCGCUUCAGUCUCGAACAGACUCUGAGUCCGAGAAACAGCUACAAGCUGUCAACAAAGUUGGUAUUGUGCCACCACGGACCAAGUCCCCCAGUGAAGAAGGAACUAUAGGAAAACCAUUAGUGGUUAGACGUGGGGGCAGUCAUGCUCUGAAUGGGAACAACACAAGGGAGCGCCCAAAGAGUGCACUUUUCCCAAGUGAGGUGAAGUCCAAGAUGAGCGUGGAAGAGCAGAUUGAUCGCAUGAAGCGUCACCAGAGUGGAUCCAUGAAGGAUAAAAGGCGGAGUUUGCAGCUUCCAGCCAAUCAGCAGUUAGAAACUGGUACCACCAAACCAGUCUCAUACAGAGUGGUCCGGAGACACCGCAGCAUACAUGAAGUGGACAUCUCAGACCUAGAAGCAGCUCUGCGCUCACAGGAACCACAGCAUACAUACGAGUCCCCCAGGGAUGAGAUAGCUCGGCUGCGGAAGAUGGACCUGGAACCACAGGGUUUCAGUGUAGAUAUCAGCAGAGAGCUGUCCACCCCAGACAAGGUGCUGAUCCCUGAACGUUAUAUUGAAAUGGAACCAGACAGCCCCCUGAGCCCGGAAGAGCAGCAGGAGAAACAGAGAAAAGUGGAGAGGAUAAAAACCCUCAUCGCAAAAUCCAGCCUGCAGAAUGUCAUGCCACUGAGUGACUCUGAGUUGGAACUGCCAGCGGACUCUGAGUCCCAGCUCCAGGAGCAAGAGAAACGUAUUGAGCUAUCUUGUGCUCUGGCAGCAGAAGCUUCACGCCGAGGAAGACUUUUGUCUGCUCUGUGUGCCACCCCGAGCCCCCCUACGUCUCCCACGUCCCCAGCUCCUCCGACCCUCCCCUCCUCUCCUGAGCGCUCGGCCCUGGGGGGCAACAGCAGUGGCAGUGACAGCGCUGGGGAGUACGGGGCCAACAUCAUGUGUGUCUGAGCCACAGAGUAAGCCCAGGCAGCAUCAGCUGCGAAGUUACACAGUACUUAACAUUAAUAUUGGAACGUCUCCUGCUGCCUCCUUGUGAUGUCAGAAAGGCUUCUUUGCCUCCUGGGUCUCUCAAAGACCCUAAAACACUCCAGCUGGAAAGAUAUGAUGCUUUGUUUUUGAUGAAACAGACCAGGUGCAUCUUUACAGGAGCUUAUUAGCAAAAUCCCACUCCUAACACCAAUCUGACCACUCAGUGGAUUCUGUGCCCCACCAACACAGGAACAGAUACAAACAAACAAAAAUAAUUGUUUGACCACAGCUAGAAAGUCCUGUUUUAUUUGCCAAGGAUGACUUAAGAAGAAUAUUCCUGAUGGGUCAUUGGGCCACUGUUUAUUUGCUAUUACAAAAAAGUGUAUAGCGGCAACCACCUGGAUAUAUACUAAUAUUUUCUCAACAAAGGAUUCACCAAGGAAACCAUAGUGACUGAAAAUUAAAAGGCCAUACUGUAUGUCUACAGAACGUUUCUAGAUAUUCUGGUAGCGAUGCCUUUUACAGGAUAAAAGCUGCAUCCACUAAUGAAUACAGAACUACAAUACCUCCUUGGCCAAACUGAAGUGGAUUGCUAGAUGUACACUAAGGCUAUAGCAAUGCUUGAGUUAACCCAUUCACUGCUUGUCUGCAACAUAUCUCCUCCCUAAACCCAGGGUGACUGUGCACGCUUGGACAUUUAUGCAGGCCACAGUGCUAAAAGCCGGGAAGACUAUAAUACCUUACAGAGUGAUAUUUUCAGAUAUUUGCAGCUAUGUUUUAUGUAUAUAAAAAUGUCAGGAUAAAUCCUGACAUGCCACGCAUCACUGAAAUAGUGUAAAAUAACAUCUCUAUAUAAAUAAAUAUAUAUAUAGCUAUAUAUAUUUUGUUUCAUGAAAGGAAAAAUAUUUAUUGUAUGUAUAUAGAUAGGGAAAGUGCUGGUUAUUUAGUGGUUAUAAAAAAUAACUCUUGUUUUUAAUCAACUUCAUCCUGAGAGUUUGAGCUUGAGUGGAAUUCUUAAAGAAUAGACAAAGCUCGUCUAAAAUGUUCCUAUAACAAACACGUUUGUUUUGGUGACCAGGCAAUUAAGAAAUAUACUUUUUUUUAAAUUAAAAACUAAGCAAUAAUUUCAUUUAGAGCAACACAAAACCAUUCCAAACCUUAAGGGAUAAUUUGGAGAAUUAAAAAAAAAAAAUGAAGUGUUUAGAAUACUUUUUUUUUUCUAGACACUGCCAUAUUUUAAUUUUUUUAUGACACCAGCAAAAAAUGUAAUGCAUAAAUAGUUUGCAUUACACAGGUACAUAUAUGCAGGACAUAUAGGGUUGUGUUAUAUGGCCUUGUGUCCGAAGUAGUAUAAUUUCCUUGUAUGCGCAGCACUUCUAUUGCGUACCAUUGUGAACAGUUGUGCAACAGCUAAAUGUGAAGACAUUUGCACAAUUACGUACCGGCAAUACAUGUGGGUAUCUUUUAGCUGCUUAUGUUUUAAAAUGUUGGACUUUUUAAUGGAAAAUGAAUGUUUUGUUAAAGGGAAUGGAACAGUCCUGGUUUACUGGAGAUAAGCAAUCUCCUGAAGUGCCUCCGCCACUUUAAGGAGAUAGACUGGAAUAAGAGAUCGCUAUGAACUGUGAAUGUGUUUCAUAUGUAAAAUGAAAGUCAUAAGAUAAAUUGCUUUGUUAUUUUGAAGAGUAAUAGUGUACGGCGCUUAUAGUGGUUUGUUUACAGAAAAAUGUUGGUGUUGUUGCAACCAAAACGGCAAGGAAUUGGCACAUUUCCAAAACCAAAUUCUUAAAGAAAUAUAUAUAUUUUAUUUGAAAAAUUGUUUUUAUCUCUGUAUAACUACAAACAUUUUCCAUUUGUGAUUACUCAUCUAGGUAUUCAUUUAAACAAAAUAAUCUGCCAACUGUCAAACCCACAGAAAAUGUGCCCAAUGAUUUCUAUAUUACAAACCACAACAAUAUGAUGGAGGCACCACUGUUCCACAGUACAACUUAUUUACUUGUUAUGUUCUCAUUACAAUCUUGGAUAUAAAUGUGCUGAAAUAUCACCCAUCCAGCUCUGAGCUGCAAACCAAGCAAUACAAAGAAUGUCCCAGAAAGUUAUCUGUAAGAAUUCAGGCGGUGCAGAAGGAGUCGUCUUUAUUUUUUCUCAUAGCUGAUGAUAAAGGGACCAGAGGUAUAGAUGGGUAAAAUAUAACAACAAAGGGAUUUUAUUUUUGCACCUACUUUGCCAUGCCCUCACUUUUCUGUGACCCAAGAGCUUAAACUUCUCUUGGAUUUGUCUAUGUUACUGACUUUGCUAGUUUUAGAGAAUAAAGAUCUACUAUGUACAAACUGUAAA